AGACAACAUCAGUUCAUCCAGUUCAUUUUGAGGAGUCACGAGCUUCAACACAAGUAACCUCUUCACUGGGCCGUAUAUCGACUAAAUACCAUAACCAUGUUGUUUAUAGGAUUGACCGGUUCUAUAGCCACCGGAAAAUCAACAGUAUCUUCUAUUCUCGCCUCCCCACCUUAUUCACUUCCAAUUAUUGAUGCCGAUAUCUUUGCGCGCAAGGUCGUCGAGCCUGGGACUAGCGGCUAUAAAGCCAUCGUAAAACAUUUCGGGCCUACCACCCCAGAUUUACUAGUUCCCAUCACGGAGUCAAUGCCGGCCGAUGGCCCAGACGGCAAGGGCAGGCCGCUGAACAGGCAAGCGCUGGGCAAACGUAUCUUCGGCAACAGUGAGGAACGAAAGAACGAUCGAAAUAUUCUAAAUGGAAUCGUUCAUCCAGCAGUGAGGAGGGAGGUGUACAAGUCCAUAUUCUGGAACUACCUAGGGGGUAGCUGGGCCGUCGUGCUGGACGUUCCGCUGCUUUUCGAGAGCGGCUGGGACAGACUGUCUGGCGUGGUGAUGGUAGUGGCCGUCAAGGACCCCAAAGUACAGAUGCAAAGACUCAGAAAACGCGACCCUCAUCUGAGUCGGGAAGAGGCGCAAAAUCGCGUUUUGAGCCAGGCGGACGUGAGACUGAAAGCGAAGAGGUGCGAGGCAAGAGGCAAGGGAAAGGGAGUGGUUAUCUGGAACGACGGUUCGAAGGACGAGCUCAAGGCCAACGUAGAUGCGGCACUCGCGGAAAUGCGAAGAGAUAGCCCGCCAUGGUGGAAUUGGAUAUGCCUUCUCUGUCCACCUAUUGGCGUUGCUGCGGGCGCAUGGGUUUACUGGCAGAAUAUAAACAUCAACAAGAGAUGGAGAGAGAUGGAAGCAGAGGAGAAGUCAAAGCUAUAAUCUUGAAUUGCUACGAAGGUACCCAUUACUCCUAUAUCUGUCCAUGUUAACCUUCCUAGGUAUGGUAACCACAGUCACCCCAAUACGCCCGUACGUGUGUGUAGGAUAAUAGUAGGGAAAGCCAAUGCUUCCGGUGCUUUUUUACCUGCUCAGGCACUUACAUAAGCAUUAAGUUGUGUGGUUGCUACGGCCAUUUUAAAAGCUUCACCUUUCUAAUGCAGCUUGGGCCAUCUCGACUCCAGUCGUCACCCAACAUUUA